AUGGCGUGUCAACGCAUUACGAACGCAGUGUGUUACAUUUGUGAAAUGGCGGGACAUCACCCCCUUAGUUAUUUAGACGAUUUUAUCGGUGUGGCCACUCCGGACAUUGCCUGGCAGGCUUACGAUUAUUGUGGUCACCUUCUUGCCGAACUUGGUCUUGAAGAAUCUCUUAGCAAAGCUUGUCCGCCUGCUACGAUUCAAACUUGUUUAGGGGUGCAAUUUGACACUGUACAAAUGACACUUUCCGUCACACCAACACGUUUGACGGAAAUGGAGACUCUCCUCGUUUCAUGGUCUACUAAGAAAUCCGCUACGAAGUCAGAGCUACAGUCUCUGGUCGGUAAGCUUUCCUUUAUUUCCAAAUGCAUUCGACAGAGUAGACUCUUUCUGUCUCGCAUUUUAGCCUUGUUACGAACACUUAGACAGAAUGGUCAUCGCCUCGUCUUUCCACAGAGUUUCGCAGGGACAUUGCGUGGUGGCUUCGCUUCAUGCGGACCUAUAACGGCGUUUCAAUCAUUUCCUCGCUGGUCUGGACUGCUCCCAACGCCGUGUUCUCCACUGACGCAUGCUUAUCGGGAUGUGGUGGCUUGA